UGCUUGUCGGGAUUAUAUAACAUCGCCUGGUGACCUCCCAUUGAGAAAAGAUGGGUAGCAGCUAUCGCGACCAUGUAUAAAAGUACCCAACAGAUCUAGGUGCCCACGUUGUGUCUCACCAUCCCUUAUCAAUUGAGCCCUUUACACUUCUUAUGUUGCUAGUCAUCCACACCUCAUCAGGCACAUGAAAACCUGCCAACCACACUACAUAAGCACCACUACGCUAGCCUGCAGCAAUGCCAAUCAACCCCGAAUCAUCGUCUGGCUCAGCAACAACCAUGGCCAACGACAAGACCUCCCCAGAGAUCGUCGACGCCGAUUCCAGCCAAAAGAAGACGGGCAGGUUGCUUUCAAAGAUAAAAAGCGCCUUCAAGUCGACGCCAAACGAACGGUGGAAGGAGAUCGAGGCGCAGCGCCCACCGCGGCGCGACAGCGAUGAGUGGUCAUACAUGACGGACCCGGAGGACUCGACCAAGCGGGUCAAGAAGCGCAAGAAGAAGAUGGUGACCUACAACGAUUACCACACGCAGGGCUACGGGGACUUUUGGACAGCAAAGGGGGGAAGGUUCUGAUCGUGAGCCGAUGGGCGGAAUGUCGUUUAUUAGUUGGGAUGUACCUGUGUGGCUUUUGUUUCCAAACAGCGAGUCUUGACCUUUAUGUCAAAAGAUGCUUAUCUUGUAACCUGUCUGUUGGUUUGUUAUUUUGUUAAGCUUGCCUAAAUGUCUAGUCCUGCUUUUGACCAAGAACCCCCAUCGAUAUCGG